CUUGACAAGUGUCCACGUAUGAAAUUUAGAUUACUUGUAGCCAGUAUGUAACAUUUUUCGCGCGUUAAGUGUUCAUCUGUGAUUACUUUUCGUUAGUCUUAUAUGUGUAUGUAGUUACUUAUGUAGAAGGUUUUAUUCUUAACAUAUUCAAAACAUACUUGUGUACCACAACUUUUUGAAAAUAUAGUUCAAACAUGGUGACUGAAACCAACAGCCGAGGGUACCUGCACUACAGUGAUCAGGGUUAUUAUAUACAAACGGCCCCAGAUUACUACUUUUCUGCAUCUGACAAGGCGUUCAUGCACACUGGGAUGUUUACAUGACGGGACGGUCAUGUGCUAACGAGGUCGAAGGGUAAAGAAAUCAUAGUUCCGGCUCACAAUGGCUACGACUCACCACGAAGUUUGUAUUGCAUCGUGUUCAGAGUAAGAUUGGCCUAAGCCCUCCAAGAACAUUACCGGACAUAUUGUAAAGCACAGGUCAUAUUCGUAAACGUUGGAGCAGUCUUCAGGUGUACCAUGGCUCUACCAGAGAUUUCAGACGCGGCCGAACACAAUCAGGAAGCAGUUUCCGCUGCUGAAGCUGCUGGAGGUGUCCGAGACGCUCGUCACCCUGUACCGACGAUGGAUGGAUUUGCUGGUGAAUUGCCUGGUGAUAGUAAUGCUGACACACUGUCGCAACAGGCUGUUAUAACUUCAAUUGCUCAAACAGUAACAUCGGUCACUGGUUCAGAGGCUUUGGGCGUCGUGGGCAAAAACACAGCCAGUCAACCACUGGGAUGCCUUAGCAUUUCUACACAGGAAGCUCUGCCAAAAGAUGCUGUCAAGGACAAGGUGAACGAACAUGUUAAUGAAGUGGCAUCAUAUAAAGAAUGUUCCACAAAUUCGACAGAAAACCCAGAGGAUGCUCUUAAUGCUCCGUCGCUUUCAACUGACAGUCUGAAAUCUAGUUUGCCUCCGCUCUCAGUACAGCGGGACAUUGAAGUGUUAAGGGAAAGUAAAGAGGUUGUCAUGGGUGACUCUGCUCAAACGCCGGCAGUAAGCUAUGAGAAAACUAAGUGUGACUUGAGCCACUUUGCUGAAAGUGCACACACUCCACAGCAUCAACAUAUGACAUCUGGUUAUGUUAGCGAAGAAACACAAACAAAACCAGGAUCGCAAACGAACAGCAGGCGGCAUCGAAAUUCUGGUCAUUCUAAGAAGAGCAGGCACAACAUCAGCUCACGUGGUUCCAAGGAGAGCAGGUCGAACAUCAUCUCUUGUCUUUCAAAGAAGAAAUCAAAAGACAAUUGUGCACCUAAUUCCAUUUCUGCUUGUUCCGGGUUCCUACAACUGUCAGAAGAAGGGGUUGAAGAGCUCAAGCGAAUGUCAGGCACACAACAUGAACCUUUGCAUAAGGAAUAUCUCAAUUUCGUGCUUAGAGUUCAGUCUUUCAAAAACUUAAGCUCUAUUUACGGUGUAAAGAAGGAUGUCUUAGCCCUUGCUGGAUUCUUUUAUUCAGGCUCUGGAACAGUCACAUGUUAUCACUGUGGGUGUUCUCCGAGGGUCUGGGAAGAAACGUCAGAGCCAAAACAUCUGCAUUUCCAAUUGACACCAAACUGUAGAUUCAUCCGUCCCUUAAGGAAGAGGAUCUCGUGAAAUGGUUUGGAAGGACAUGAUGCAAUUUAUUUGAGACAGGAUACAAUCCUACAAAGUGCAAGUGACUGCAUGAUGUGACAUGGUCUGUAGACAUGCCCAGCCCUGCACAGUGGAUAGUUGUGGAUGAUGGAUAGCCCACCACUAGGAUCAGCUAUGACUUGCAAGGCUGGAACAUAGUGUAUGUUAUUAUGCCUGAAAGUGAGAUUUACCAACCAGAGAGCAAAACUACAAGCCACAUGUGAGCCCGUAUUCCGUCAGAAGAAAUCCAAGAUGAUUGUUACUGACCUAAUAUGAGAUCGUAUAUCGUCAAGAACAGCCAUUUUGAAUUUUUCUAACAUCCACAUAUUGUACAUUAAAAGCUUGGUACAGUUCCUGACUUUAUCAAUAUGAAUUAUAGUUAAAGGGUUCAGCAAGGUUUCGCCUCUAAGGUUUGAAGAGUGGUCUCCCUUUAAUCUUUAGUGCAAAGUUUUCACCAGAUGGUGUAAACCUUUCCGCAUAAUAAAUACACGACACCAUAAUUAAUAUUGUAUUGUUCACCUUCGUAUGUACAGGGUAUCAGCUAAAGAUGGAUAUGAUUUGUAAGGGAAAAGUAAGCCCUAAAACUUUCUAUAUCUCUCUGUAACCCAUCAAAAUAAAGAAAACUAGUAUUUGCCUUG